AUGGCAGGCUGCGGCUUUGACGACCUGCCGCUCACGCGCCCGGGCCCUCCUUUGAACGCAUGGGGCCUCUACGGUGAAGGGGACGAGUAUGGGCGCCUCAACCUGAUCACGGCUCAGACCGUCCAGGCUGGUCUGCGAGAAGCUAAAGAGGGAAUCACCAUCAAUCUGAAUCUUCCACUCGAUACCAUGCCCCUCAAUCCGACUCGAGCACCACUGCGGCACGAGAUUAUUCAUCGGACCCACUGUAACGACGAUCAUGUGUCGUUCAACACCCAGGGCUCGACACAGUGGGAUGGGUUCAGGCACUACCCGUACCUCAACUAUCCCGAGAAGCAGCAGUACAUAUACUACGGAGGCAUGACGUCUGACGAGGCGAGAGACCGCUCAAACCACCGCUGCGGGAUACAAAAUUACGCCAAGAAGCCAAUUUCGGGUCGAGCACAUCUCCUCGACAUCGCCUCCUUCCUCGAAAGACAUCAGAGAUCCCCACUGUCCUACUUUGACGCCAGCACACCCAUCGACCUCGAAACCCUUGAGUCCUGCGCUGCCGAGAGUAGGGUGGUAUUCAAGCCAGGCGACAUCCUCAUCGUCCGUACGGGGUGGACCGAGGCGUUCUUUGGAAUCAGCGAGGAAGAGCGACAGUCAUUGCCUCAUAGGCAGAAACGGGGCAGUUGCGGGGUCUCGUCCGAUCCAGAGGUACUGCGCUGGCAUUGGGAGAAUGGGAUUGCCGCUGUUGCGUCAGAUGCAGUUGCGUAUGAGGCAUACCCAUCCGUCAACUCGCCAAGUAUACACGAGACGUUCCUAGCUGGUUGGGGCAUGCCGAUCGGGGAGCUGUUUGACCUGCGGGAACUGGCAGCGGAGUGUAAGCGACUCAAGCGAUGGACCUUCUUCUUUACCAGCAUGCCGUUGUAUGUGAACGGAGGUAUAGCUUCUCCGCCUAAUGCUCAGGCGGUGUUGUAG